AUGAGGAAAAUCACUAAAUCAACAAUUUUAGGCAUCAAAAGGAAACCAAGUGAUGAAAAUAAAGAAAAUGAAUUGGGCAACUCAUUAUCAAGGAAUAAUUCUGAUCAAGGAAAACAACAGUCUCCGACAAGAAAUCCUGCCCGCAUUCCUCUUGGAGGGGGUUUGUCUCAAAACAUCACACCCUUGAGUAACGUGACUAACGCAAAUCAUUUCGGUGGCUCAUCUUGUACGAAUAAUACUGCUCAAGAUCAAGACCAACGUACGACAGCUAAUCCUUACACAAAUCCCCAGCGAGGAUGUUUCUCUGAAUAUAUCACACCAUUGAGUAACAUCACUACCGUACGGCAAUCCAAUACACAAAUAGGAGAUGAAUUUGCAAUUCGUAAACCAUUAGAUAAAUAUGCAAUUGUCGAAGACCAGGUAACAACCAGAGACUUGCUACCUGCCUUUGAAGAUGAAAGUAACAAUGCGGUGAGCGAUGUCUCAAAUCAGAACAUAGCUGAUGCAAAUUUAUCGGGUGACGCUGUACGGCAGACCUCGGGAAUUGGGACAUCCUCUGGUCCACAAAAUGGUCAAUACUGCGAUUUUGGCGAUGCAACAAAUCAGUGCGUACAUUGUGGGGCUAUGUUUUGGUUUGAAGAAAGGAAGAAGAAUUUGUCAACAAAAGCAUCGCCACUGUUUAUGUUGUGUUGCAACAAUGGGAAGAUCAAAUUGCCGGAUAAUAAGUUGCCACCAAAAGGUAUAUUUGAUCUCUUUUUCGGCAAUGACGAAUUAUCAAAAGAAUUUUUACACAACAUUAGGACCUACAACAACAUGUUCUGUUUCACAUCCAUGGGUGGAAAAAUUGACAAGAACGUGAACAAGGGUGGAGCACCUCCAAUUUUUCGAUUAAGUGGUCAAAACUACCACCUAAUGGGCACUUUACUUCCAGAACAAGGCAAAGAACCUCAUUUUGCCCAGUUAUACAUAUACGACACGGCAAAUGAAAGGAACAACCGUAUAAAUGCUGUGAGGGGUAUUGGUGACCAAGAUGACAUUCAUGUAGAAAUAGUGAAUGUCAUUCAGAAAGACCUGGAUGAAAAUAAUGUCUUGGUUAAGUCUUUUCGCAUGGCUAUGUCUGAGUUGGAUAUUAAUCCAUGUGCCGAAGUAAAAAUAAAGUUGUUGGGAAAACGAACUAGAGAUGCUAGGACAUAUAAUGUGCCUCAAGUGUCUGAAGUAGCAGCUUUAAUCGUUGGCGAUCUGGAUACCAGUAUUGAAGAGCGUGAUAUUAUUGUUCAAUCGAAGGGUGGCCAACUACAGAGGAUUACUGAAUUAAAUCCUUCAUACUUACCACUGCAAUACCCUAUUCUGUUUCCAUAUGGCGAAGAUGGUUAUCGGGAGGACAUUGCAUUCGCCGACGUAGUCGGCAGGCGCUCUUCUGGUGGUAGACAAAGGAUUAGCCCCAGGGAGUUUUUUUACUACCGCAUACAAUCUAGACAGUCAGCUCCAAGUACCAUAUUAUUUGCAAAGCGGUUGUUCCAACAAUUCGUUGUAGAUGGCUACACAAUGGUUGAGUCUGGAAGGCUAAUUUAUAUAAGGACACACCAAAAAAGCCUAAGGUGUGAGAGUUACAGUGGAUUAACUGAUGCUUUGACGAGGGGUGAUUUAAGCCCUGCAGCCCAAGGUCGUAGAAUAAUACUACCUUCGAGUUUUACUGGUGGUGCUAGAUAUAUGAUACAAAACUACCAAGAUGCAAUGGCAAUAUGUAGAUGGAUUGGAUACCCAGAUUUAUUUAUAACCUUUACAUGCAAUCCGAAGUGGCCUGAGGUGCAACGCUUUUUAAAAGAUCAAAGGUUGAAGCCAGAAGACCGGCCGGACAUAAUUUGCCGCUUAUUUAAGAUUAAGUUGGAUGCUUUGAUAGCUGAUUGUCGAAAGAAUCAACUAUUUGGCCCUGUUGCCGGAGAGAUUCCCGAUGAAAAGAAAGAGGCUGAGUAUUACCAAGCGGUAGAGGAAUUUAUGAUGCAUGGUCCAUGUGGAAAAGCCAGGACAAAUUCUCCUUGCAUGGUAAAUGCACGAUGCUCUAAACAUUUUCCUAAGAGAUUUGUUGAUAGUUCUACGUUUGAUGACGAUGGUUACCCGGUAUAUAGAAGGAGAGACAAUGGCAGUGUAGUUACAAAGAACGGGAUCGCCUUGGACAACAGGUAUGUGGUACCGCACAAUAGAUAUUUAUUGCUCAAGUACAAGGCUCAUAUAAAUGUCGAGUGGUGCAACCAAUCAAGGUCAAUAAAGUACCUGUUCAAGUAUGUUAACAAGGGUCAUGAUCGAGUAACAGCCGAAUUUUACAAAACAGGCAAUGAUGACGAGAAUGGCAAAGCAGUAGAUGAGAUAAAUAUGUACUAUGACUGUAGGUACAUAUCCCCGUGUGAAGCUGUCUGGCGUCUAUUUGGUUUUGAUAUACAACUUCGUGCGCCUUCGGUAGAGAGGUUAAGCUUUCACCUUCCUAAUCAACAGAGUGUGAUAUUUGCAGAUGAUGAUGCAGUUGAGAACAUUGUGAAUAGACCUACGAUAGCACAGAGCAUGUUCUUAGAAUGGUUCGAAGCUAAUAAAACAUACCCCAAUGCCAGAGAGCUUACUUAUGUUGAGAUGCCAACAAGAUUCGUUUGGAAGAAAGACCUUAGAAAAUGGCAGCCACGAAAGAAAGGGUUCUCCAUAGGACGUAUAUUCUAUGUCCCUCCAGCUACGGGUGAAAUCUUCUAUUUGAGGUGUUUGUUGAACAAAGUACGCGGCCCUAAAAGUUACGAAGAUAUUAGGACUGUAAAUGGAGUCCAAUAUGACUCAUUUCGAGAUGCGUGUUAUGCAAGGGGUUUAGUUGAUGAUGACAACGAAUAUGUUGAUGCAAUAGAUGAAGCCAGUAGUUGGGCGUCAGCUGAUCAAUUGAGGAGAUUGUUCGUGACAUUACUAAUGAGCAGUUGCAUGGGGAAACUGGAAAUAGUUUGGCAUGCCGUUUGGCAACAUCUAUCAGACGAUGCCCAAUACAAAAUCCGUUCACAACUGCAGAACAGAGAUUUUGUGUUGACCGAUUCCCACAAAAUGAACUUUGCUUUAGUUCAGAUUGAGAACCUAUUAUCUAAUCAUGGUAAGAGUUUGAAGGACUAUCCUGAGAUGCCAACGGCCAAUUUUGGUGCGUUCCAUAUUAUUGCAAAUAGGUUGAUUCAAGAAGAAUUAGCAUACGAUCGUGGGGAACAGGAGAAAGAGAACCAAGAAUUGGUAAGGCAGUUAACAGACGAACAAAAGGCAAUAUACAAUGAAGUUUUAACUGACGUGGAUCGCCAGGAAGGUGGGUUAUUCUUCGUUUCGGGUUAUGGAGGGACAGGUAAGACUUUCUUGUGGCGAGCACUUUCUUCCGCAUUAAGGUCUAAGAGUCAAAUAGUUUUAAAUGUUGCUUCUAGCGGCAUAGCUUCGCUGUUAUUACCUGGUGGCCGUACGGCACAUUCCCGGUUUGCUAUACCGAUAUCUGUUAAUGAAGAUUCCACAUGCAACAUACGGAACGGCAGUGAACUGGCGGAACUUCUUGUGCAAACAAAGAUGAUAAUAUGGGACGAAGCCCCAAUGAUGCAUAAAUUCUGCUUUGAAGCAUUGGAUCGAACUUUGCGGGAUUUGAUGCAGUUAGUAAAUCCAAGGAGUUCUGAUAUGACAUUCGGUGGUAAAACAGUUGUUCUGGGUGGCGAUUUCAGGCAAAUUCUACCAGUCAUUCCAAAGGGUACUAGACCGGAUAUAGUUCGAGCGAGCAUUAGCUCAUCCUAUCUAUGGCAAUCCUGUAAAGUCCUGAGGCUAACUAAGAAUCUACGCUUGAAAACUGUUGAAUCUAUAUCCGAGUGCAAGGAGAUCGAGGAAUUUGCAAAAUGGAUAGCUAAUAUAGGUGACGGAAUUAUUGGGUGUCAACUUGAGGGGGAAUCAGAGAUUACUAUUCCAGAAGAUUUGUUGUUAAAGUGUGAAGAUGACCCUAUUGCUACAAUCGUUGAUAGCACUUUCCCCAAUUUCCGAAUGGGAAUUGCCGAUUUGUCAUAUCUUAAUCAUAGUGCAAUUUUAGCUCCAACAUUGGAUGUGGUAGAUGCCGUUAACCAAUACAUGAAUGACCAUAAUCCUUCUGAGGGUAAGACAUACCUGAGUUGUGAUUCUGUGUGUAAGUCAGAUGCCAAUGUGGACAUGUUAGCAGAUUUGCACACUCCGGAAUUCCUGAAUGCCUUGAGAUGUUCUGGAGUACCAAAUCAUGCUUUGACAUUGAAAGUUGGAUCACCUGUUAUGCUGUUGAGAAAUAUUGAUCACACAUUAGGAUUAUGCAACGGUACAAGGUUGAUUGUUACAAGGUUGGGUGACCAUGUGUUGGAAGGCCAAAUCAUGUGCGGUACAAAUGCAGGAACUAGAGUAUUGAUUCCUAGAAUGUCUCUUACACCGUCAGAUACCAAAUUGCCUUUCAAAUUUCAACGAAAGCAAUUUCCCUUGAUGCUAUCCUAUGCUAUGACAAUCAACAAAAGUCAAGGACAAACGCUUGCUAAAGUUGGGUUGUUGUUGAAAAAACCGGUCUUUAACCAUGGACAACUAUACGUAGCUGUUUCAAGAGUUAGUAACCCCAGGGGUAGAGUCCCUUAA